AUGACUAAUCAACAGCCUAAGGAUAAAACUUUGGAGAAAGAAUAUUCAGAGCUCAGAGAAUCAGAUCCCGAUCUUGAAUUGGAUGUGGGCAGCGAGCGGUUUAAUCCACUACGUGCCCUCUAUGAACCCAACUACAAGAUUACGGACACAGCGCCCAAAGUUCUAUACCAGAAUUUGGCAGCCUUCGAGAGUGCACUGAAAAAGUUUGGAGUUUGGCAACUAAACAAGCGGAAAAAAUCCGAAUCAUCAGGAAGCGUGGCUUCACAACCAACACCGGCAUCAGGUUCGCACCAAACGGUCGAGAAAAAAACAAAAUCUAUUCCAAAAUUGGCCAAUUUGGAAGUUCCUCAACGCCGCUUUGAACUUCAUCAGAUGCCCACGUUGAAAACUUCGAGUAAAAAACAUAGGCGCAAUAUUUUUACAUACAUGGAUGCAUCCGCUGGGCCUCUAGCUCUUUUAAGGAGCUGUGUGCCUUCCUCGAACAAAACGCAGCCAACAGCCGCGUCACGAAUUCGAGUAGUUGUUCGGAAGCAAGGACAAGUUGGGGGAAGCGUGGAAGGCGAGUUGGUGGCCUACGACAAGCAAUGGAAUCUCCUUCUGCGAAAUGCCACCGAGACUUGGAGGAGAAGGAAACACAACUACGGUCACCAGAAUAUCUGCGACGAAUCCGUAGAUUGCAGUGAGAGGCUCAUGGAGCUGGGCAUCUCGCUUCCAAAGCUGAUUGUGAAGAGCCUGAACCGAAAGAACGUGGAAAUAAAGCGAUAUCUGCCACAAGUUUUAAUACGCGGCGAAAAUGUGGUUCUAGUUAGUUUAAUUUCUAAGGAAAAUUGUAUAUGAUAGAGCUGUUUUAUUAUUAACUGGUGUACUCCAUCGGCACACACUCCUCGGCAGCAACCUCAUGUGACGGCGAAUGUUCUCCCAUCAGGUGAUGUAGCGUCUCAUUGGAGUAGCUAAAAGAUUACAUGAUAGUUUACAUUAAAUUAUAAAAAAAAUAAAUGCUAUAUUACCAUU